GUCUUCGACUUCUCUCAUCACACCUCUCAAGUUCAACAAUAUCCAUGGCCAAAUUCGGAAAGCUAACCAAGCUCAAGUCCGCCAUCAAGCGCUGGCCCUCCUUCCCCAAGCUCGGCCGCUCCGCCGCCUGCCACGACCAUGUUGACAGGCUCUCCACCACCGAUCGUAAUGAUAAGGAGCAGCUACAUGUGGUCUGCGUUGGGAAGUCGCGGCGAAGGUACCUCGUCAGCUCCGACGUUGUCAACCACCCCGUGUUUCAGGAGCUGGUGGAUCGCUUGCCGUCGUCACAGGAAGAUGGGGCGGUGGUGGUUGCGUGUGAGGUGGUGCUGUUCGAGCACUUGCUGUGGAUGCUUGAAAACGCCGAGACACAAAUGGGGUCCAUGGACGAGCUGGCUGAGUUCUACACCUGCGCAAGCUGAUAUACAUGUCGAUCACUUUAAUUAUUCGGAUUAAUUACGUGAGUUAUGUCCAGAUUAUAGGUAGGGUUUUGGUUACCAGAAAAGAAUUGUUUUAGGUAUGGAUUUUUGUGUUUUAACUUUUACCUCCGUUAAACUCUCUUGUUCAAAAAUAAUGCAUGGUAGACAAAGUGAGGAUUUAUUUAUUAUACAAAUAGUUGAUAAUUCUGUCCAAGAAAUUGUAAUCAGAGAGUAUGUAGGACUAGUAAUUGUAUGUUCACCGACACAAUGAAUUUUUUAAUGAAAGUGAUUAUUGAGGUUGAAAUCAA